UUUUUUUAUUGAUCAUAAUUAAAAUCUAGCUAGGCUUUUCUGUUCGUCCGUUUCAAAUAUCAUACGGUAUAUGACGAGCGCAAUAAAUUGCGAUAUUGGAUCUCUUACGCCACUGCGAUACGUAUCGGCAGGAAUUAUGGUAGAGCGUUCGGGGAUUAGCGUAUACUAACAUAUGGAAAAAAAAACCGGUACAUAUGUACUCGUUCGUCCGGCUAAAACCGGUCAGUGGAUACGCGUCUCUUCUCGUGCUUCUUCGCGUCCUUAUUCCGUUACUUAAGCGAAUCUUGCGCGGUAUCUGCCUUUAGACCGGGUCAACGCGAUACUCUGUUUCAUCUCGUUCUCGUCCGCGAACUUGCCAUGACGGUGCACGUCGAAGAUGGAGAAGGAUCCGAUUUAGUGGCGCAGGAGAUGCCGCUCAUGCAGCAAGAUGUCGUGCCGUCGCGAAACGGUUUGAAAUCGAACAAUACUGGUUCCUGGUCAAGAUCGUACGAGGAGUUUAUCUCAACUUGGACAUUAUGGGAUGUUCGUAAAUCGCGUAAAUCCGGCAACGAGAUGAAUUACAAGGGCAGCGGGAAGGUCCACUUCGGGGUGGACGACGUGUCCCUCUAUGGGACGCCGAAGGAGGAACCGGGCCCGGGCCUCCCGGGCCAGGAGGUCAAGCAGAGCUUCCUGAAGAAUCAGCUUCAGGCCCUGUUCCAGCCGACGGACAACAAGUUGGCCAUGAAGCUCUUCGGCAGCAAGAAGGCGCUUAUGAAGGAACGGAUCAGACAAAAAGCCGCAGGUCACUGGGUCAUCCAUCCUUGCUCCAGUUUUCGAUUCUAUUGGGACCUCUGCAUGCUCCUCCUACUGGUAGCUAAUCUGAUAAUUCUGCCAGUCGCCAUUAGUUUUUUCAAUGACGACCUAAGCACUAGAUGGAUAGCCUUCAACUGCCUUUCCGACACGAUAUUCCUUAUAGACAUCGUCGUCAACUUCAGGACGGGUAUAAUGCAGCAGGAUAAUGCCGAACAGGUGAUACUGGAUCCGAAGUUAAUCGCGAAACACUACCUCAGGACUUGGUUCUUUCUCGACCUCAUCUCCUCCAUACCAUUAGACUACAUUUUCCUCAUAUUUAAUCAAGACUUCAGCGAGUCCUUCCAGAUCCUGCAUGCUGGACGUGCUCUCAGGAUCCUCAGGCUUGCAAAACUGUUAUCACUCGUUAGGUUACUACGUUUGUCAAGACUGGUGCGGUAUGUCUCGCAAUGGGAAGAGGUCUAUAUCCCCCUUUAUCAACAGCCGGAGAGGCACUACGAGCGUCGGGCGACACCGCCCCAACCAGACCGAACCAGCAAGAUAUUGCAGAACCUACAAAAAAAACGCACUGAGCGGAGGGGGCGCCUAAGUUCUGACAAUAUGACUAAAAAGAAGUCCGGUUUCAGCAAAAGCGAACUUAUUUUUAAGUUCCUGAAUAUGGCGUCGGUGUUCAUGCGGAUUUUUAACCUGAUCUGUAUGAUGCUCCUGAUCGGCCAUUGGAGUGGCUGCCUGCAAUUCCUGGUCCCUAUGCUUCAAGGAUUUCCCAGUAAUUCAUGGGUAGCCAUUAACGAGUUACAAGACUCAUUUUGGCUGGAACAAUACUCGUGGGCCCUCUUCAAAGCCAUGUCGCACAUGCUGUGUAUCGGGUACGGUAGGUUUCCGCCACAGUCCUUGACCGAUAUGUGGCUCACCAUGCUCAGCAUGAUCAGCGGUGCGACGUGUUACGCUCUUUUCCUCGGACACGCGACGAAUCUCAUUCAAUCUCUCGAUUCCUCGAGAAGACAAUACCGCGAGAAGGUGAAACAAGUAGAGGAAUACAUGGCCUAUCGAAAACUACCGAGAGAAAUGAGGCAGAGGAUCACGGAGUACUUCGAACAUCGAUAUCAAGGAAAGUUCUUCGAUGAGGAACUGAUCCUUGGGGAGCUGUCGGAAAAGUUGAGAGAAGAUGUGAUAAACUACAACUGCAGAUCGCUGGUGGCGUCCGUGCCCUUUUUCGCCAACGCCGAUUCGAAUUUCGUCUCGGAUGUCGUGACGAAACUCAGAUACGAAGUCUUCCAGCCAGGUGAUAUCAUCAUUAAGGAGGGUACAAUCGGUUCGAAAAUGUACUUCAUACAAGAAGGCAUAGUCGAUAUCGUGAUGGCAAACGGCGAAGUAGCGACCUCGUUAUCGGACGGGUCUUACUUCGGCGAAAUCUGUCUGUUGACAAACGCGAGAAGGGUGGCGUCGGUCCGAGCGGAGACCUACUGCAAUCUCUUCAGCCUCUCGGUGGACCAUUUCAACGCCGUAUUGGACCAGUAUCCCCUAAUGCGCAGAACGAUGGAGAGUGUUGCCGCCGAGAGGUAUAAGCUUUGGUUAAACAAAAUUGGGAAGAAUCCUAACUUGGUGGCUCAUCGCGAGGAAGAUCUUGGCAGCGAAUCAAAAACGAUAAACGCCGUAGUAAAUGCGCUCGCGGAGCAGGCCGCGCAUGCCAGCGCCAGUGAAGAAUCAGUACAUAGCAUGGAGCUCAGAACGCUGCCGGCUUGCCUCUUGCCCAGACCAAAGUCUGAGAACAAUUUCGCGAGCCAAGAACUUACGAGGGAAGGACGGAGGAUCUUUCACAAGAGCGACACUUUCCACAAAGAUUCGUAUCAAUGACGACACUCGUUUUACUAGCAUAUGCAGAGAUACUAACGGCUCCAUGUUAGAAGAAUGAUAGAACUUAUCUCAUCGAUAGGAUAACUGUGGUGGUUUUGUGCCCGGUGCUAGGGCGAUCCUAUAGCAGCGGUCUAUACAUAGAUAUCGGCCAUGCCAGUAGUCCUUUAGCAAUCGAUUUAUAGCGCCUUCUUAUAUUAAUCUGACGGCAUUUUCGUCCAGGACCGCAAAACCACCGAAAUCGAAUCCUAUGCUCCAAUCAUGAUACAGAUUUCCGCGAACAAAUAAAAUACAAUAAUUAUGAAACUACUAUAACUUAAUAAAACAUAUAUCGCAAAAUAAUUCCGUGAUGGAAAGGAAAGGUUUGAAGAAUAAAGGAAAAACUUUUACAUUUUAGGCCCCUUUAUCUUUCAAACUUGAUUCGAUUCCUUUUAGAAAAUGAUGACGAAGCAACUCCAAAUAAUCGCGAAAUUUUAAUCUUUUACGAGCACAAGGAAGAAAAAAGAAAAAAUAUCUGUAUCUCGGUUGGAGAACAUGGAGCCACGUUUUACGCCGUGUCUCUUCAUUGAAAACAAUCGCCGCGUCGCAUCAGAUGCAAUAUUAAAGAUGGAUGGACGCAGCGAAGAAUGAAGAUCUCAAAGACGACGAAGAGCAGGCCUAGAAGUUUAUAGAGAAUAUGUAGCCCACAUCGUGGGGAAAAAAAUUAGGUAUAAUCCUAAGUAACAGUGUAACGAGCGUAAUUCUCUGUGAUUUUGCAAGUUGACGUUUCGCACUUUAGGAAAGAAGAAAAAAAUCAAUAUAAUCUACGUGAAGAAUUAGAUUGCUCUUUUUUUUAAAGCAACAACUAACAUAGAGAAAUCGUCGUAAGACCAGAGUACUCCGAUUAAGUUGACGCGAUUUAUCCUUAGCUUCGUACUGCAUUAGAGCCGCGUAAAUAAGUAAAAAACGUAAUACUCCGUGCGGGGAAAGAAAUACAGAACUAAGAACAAAGGGGAAAAGGUUCACGUAAGAUGGGUUAAAAAUAUCUUAUCAGUGAAGGCUCUUUUUCUGAUUUCAGACGCGAAAUAAGUUUGCGUUCUAUGACUCCGCUUAUUUGAUAGAUCCUCCUUUAUUUUGCUACGUUUCAGUUCAUUUUAUAUUAUAAUGACACUAAAGCCGCGAGUGAUUACAUGUUGCGACUCAAUGUCGGAUAGACCGUCCUGGUACAGAAAUAUGAUCGGUAAGAAGGAAAUUACGGUCGCGCGUUUAAGAAUCCGCGGACGAAUCCAGAAAAAGAGAGAGUUUGAAAUGCGAUUAUAAGAAUUAACCGGUUCUACAAAUCCUACCGAGGGCCUGAAGGCUGUGUUUACUUGUUGAGAGUCCUUCGGGCCGCUGUGGUUACAUGUCAAUGAAUGAAUUAUAAGCGUAAUGCAAGCAAAGUAUCUUUUUAUGAAAUGAAAACAAGAAAAUACGCGAUGUACUAUAAAAAAGCUAUAAAUACUAUGUAAUAAAUUAUUAUUAUUGUUACGAUUA